CUCUCACCCCUGGUCUGGUUUAUUGUUUUGAUUUCGCAGACUGUGUGUUGGUGUGAAUGUAAGCGAAUGGGCGGACAGAGAAGAAAAAAAUACAGUUGACACCGUCGAGAGCUCAACAAAACACACGCGUACGGUAAAAAAUAAUGAGCGUGUCGAGGAUAUACCGACAUUGUUUUUGACAAAGAUGCUUUCUGAAAGAUAGGCUAGCGUUAGCGGUGUUGCUAACGGAGCUUCGGUAACAACAUGAUGAUGCGAAGCGGAGUUUAGGAGCAACCCAGACAGCGGAUUGCGCGGAUUUCCUGCUUGUCAAUCAGAGAUAUCAAGGUCUAUCUUGUCUUUGUGUCUGGAUUGCAACAACACAACCUUUCCAGUCGAUCAACAUAUAUUACAGUCAAGCGAAAGUUAUCUUUAAAGAGGUAGGUCUACGUUUAUGAAGAUCAGCUGACUAACAUCGACUUUUUUCAAUCUUGUUGUAAAUUUCCUCCUCUCGUUUUCGCUUUUAGUCAUCGCGCCUGUCCGAAUAUCGGAAGCACUUUAGUUCAAUGGGUGAAGAAAAGCCGGACACGCUGGACUUUGUGAAGGAUUUCCAGGAGUAUCUGAGCCAGCAGACUCAACAUGUCAACAUGAUCUCAGGCUCCGUUAGUGGUGUGAAGGAGGCGGACGAGAUGCCACCAGGUAACAAACAAUAAGCCAUCUUUUUUUUUUUAAUCUACCACAGAGUAAAUGAUUAGAAAGGGAGGUACAGUAAUAAGGGGUGCACCGAUCACAAUUUUCUGGCCGAUCACCGAUCUUUAAAAGGCUUGAUGUGCUGAUACCGAUUUUGGCCCAUACCGAUGUUUUUUUAUAUGUAUAACUGACAACAUACACCUUUGAUGCUCCAGUCUUAUUUUAAUGAAAAACAUUUAACAAUACUUGUGAAACAAUACAAACUUUUUGUGUUUGUUUCAACUGCACAUGAGUGCAAAGCAAAAAGAUACAACGGCUGACUUUCAGACGUUUUGCUGAGGUACAUAAGAUCGGUGUAUAAAAUGUAAGGAUCAACCGAUCCCCCAAAAUUGAGGAAAUCAGCGCUGAUUGAUUAGCUGGCUGAUUUAUCGGUGCAUGUUUAACAGUUAUACCUUGUUGUCAUAGGAGGUACUUCUUCUUUCUAACCAGUACUGCUAAUGUGCAUGUUUUCAGACUGUAGUCAGAAUGGACUGGAUCAUCCCUCAGUGGACAUGUCACUGGAGGACAGCACAGGGAUCCUGGUGGAUGGUUUUGAGAGGACCUACGAUGGCAAGCUCAAGUGCCGCUACUGCAACUAUGCCACCAGAGGCACAGCGAGGCUCAUUGAGCAUAUCCGGAUUCACACAGGUCAGUAAUCGAGACUAAUUCCAAAGGAAAAUAUCAAAUUCACAGGGUUUUGUCAGUGAACCUUUUUUUUCUCAUUUGAACAGGAGAGAAACCGCACCGCUGCCACCUCUGCCCAUUUGCAUCAGCCUAUGAGCGCCACCUAGAAGCCCACAUGAGAUCCCACACAGGCGAGAAGCCAUACAAGUGUGAGCUGUGCUCCUUCCGCUGCAGUGAUCGUAGCAACCUGUCACAUCAUCGCCGGCGACGCCACAAACUCCUCCCAAUGAAAGGUGCUCGUUCUCUCUCCCACAAGAAAAUGCUUAGUGUUUUACAGAAGAAGGCCAGCUCUCUGGGCUAUGGACGCCGACUGCUCAUCAACUUCAGCCCUCCUUCUAUGGUGGUGCACAAGGCAGACAAUAUGAAUGACUUCUCCCAUGAGCUGCCACAUUUGCGUCAGGAUACAUAUGAUAAUCAGAGUCGAGCUGUUGAUGAUGGACACUCAACAAAUCAAAACCAUCAUCAUCAUGACAUGGCAAUGGAUAACCCCCUGAACCAGCUGUCCACGCUGGCAGGCCAGUUGGCCAGCCUCCCAUCUGAGUCUCAGGCCCAGGCUCAACCCCCUAUGUCUCCAGGAGCAGAAUCUAUUGUGGAUGAGAAGCCCUUCCUCAUCCAGCAGCCCCAUCCUGCCACAGCUCCUGUUGCUGUCACAGCCAGCAUGGCCCACACCUCCUCAUCUUCCCCAAUCACCGCAGAGCCCCGUGCUCCUCCCCACAGCAACUGCAGCCCAGGAGAAGGACCCUGCAGUGAGCACAGUGGGCGCACCAGUACCCCGAGCAUCUCCAACAGUCAACCUAGUACACCCGCCCCGGGUCUGUCCGCCCCACUUCAGGACCCUCAUAUGCUGCAUCACUGCCAGCACUGUGACAUCUACUUCCCUGACAACAUCCUUUACACCAUCCACAUGGGCUGCCAUGGCUAUGAGAAUCCAUUCCAGUGCAACAUCUGUGGCCACAAGUGCAAGAGCAAGUAUGACUUUGCCUGCCACUUUGCCCGCGGACAGCACAAGUGAAGGAUGACUGAGGGAAUUUCUGUAAGAACUUUUCAUGGACAGCUUGUUUUAUUAAUUUCAUAGUACUUUAAUUUAUUGGUCUUAUACUUGGCCUUGAUGUAGCCUAGCCUUCGACAGUUGUACUCUUACAGGAAACAAACAUUCAGAUGGUGUCUUUUUUUAUGGUGCCCUUUCAAGUGUAUUAUAAAGGGGUGAUCAGUGUUUUAAAAGAGGUUGGGGAUUUAUUUUUGGUCGUGGUGGAGGGAGGUUCAUUAUUCAGACAUAAUAUAGCCAGAUAAAUGAAUUAGUGGGUGGGAAAAACGCAC